CAGAACUCGCUUGGAAGAUGCGAUACCGGUAUGGUGCGAAAAUGGGUGAUAAACACUAGCGGAUAGCAGAAGUCGAACUUGAAAUAACCCGCAUAAACGGACACAAUGCCUAAUUUUGACGGAAUUUUGAGGGAGUUCCGGAUUCUUCUUCCUAUGACAGUAGAAGAGUACCAGAUUGGUCAGCUUUAUUCAGUAGCAGAGGCGAGUAAGGAGGUAACAGGUGGAGGAGAUGGAGUGGAGGUGUUAAAAAAUGAACCUUAUGAAAGAGACGUGACAGAUGUUUCAGGCAAUACGACAAGAGAGAAAGGACAAUAUACACACAAGAUAUAUCAUCUAGCAUCAAAAGUGCCAUCAUUUAUAAGAUUAUUGGCCCCUAAAGGGUCUCUAGAAGUGGUUGAGAAGGCGCACAAUGCAUACCCAUAUUGCUGUACUAUUAUAUCAAAUCCAGGCUACAUGAAGGAUAACUUUGAGUUAAGUAUCAAGACAUGGCACAAACAGGAUAAUGGCACACAGGAAAAUGUUCACAAUCUAUCACCUGAGUUUUUAAAACACAGGAAAGUUGUACACAUUGAUAUCGCAAAUGACCCAAUCAAUUCUGGCGAUUACAAGGAGAGUGAAGACCCUACCAAAGUUCACUCGGUCAAGACUGGGCGAGGACCUCUCAAGAAAGAUUGGAAUGAUCUGAACAAAGAACAGAAGACACCAAUCAUGUGCUGCUACAAACUAGUGCACAUCAGAUUUAAGUGGUGGGGUUUGCAAAACAGAGUGGAGAGUUUUGUUAUAAGACAAGAACAUAGAUUAUUCACACUUUUCCAUCGACAAGUUUUCUGUUGGUUAGACAAGUACCAUGGUAUGACGAUUGAUGACAUACGAGCACUAGAGGAUAAAACCAAACAAGAUCUUGAUAAAGAAAGGAAGGAGGGUGAAGUAAGAGGAUUCUCGGCCGAAAAGGAUGACGCUAAGGAUUCUAAGUAAAGAAUGCAGUACAUGUGUGUGUGAUAUAUGUCAAAUCAAUCAUGUCAAAGAUAGUCCUGCCUUCCACUUUUCAUAACCGGAGUGUAAAGGCCUUGUAUCUUAAUGUUCAUUUUCUUUGAAAAAUCACUGUUCUGUGGACUAGAUGAUUAAUGGAGUGAUGUCUAGUUCAAAUCCAACUUGUGAUGUGACGGAAGUACUGAUUCCUCUUUUAAAGAAAGGAAGAGUAUGCCAUGAGAUAAGGUGUAAUGGCAGCCUUAUGUUGUCACACACUCCCCUUUAUAACCCGUUUUAAAAAUGAGAUUCAACUUUCUGUAAUUCAUAUCUUGAUAACAACUCGACAUUCGAAUGCUUGUUCAGAAUGAGUAUCUUUAUCUAAAAAAAGAUCAAAUUUUCAACUUUAUUUAGCAUGAGAAAGGAUAAGUCGCUUAUUGUUCAUAAAUUUACGCAUAACGUAAGAACAGCUUUAUGAAAGACACCCAAUACAUUAGGUACAAGGGGCUGUCAUCCCAGGUGGGUGUUUCAUAAAGCUGAUCGUAAAGUUACGCACAACUUUACGAACGACUGGAACAUGAUCUUGGGUCCUAACUCAAUCACGUAGGGAUAUAUCACUUGGCAUGAGAAAGGGUUACCAGUUGUGCGGAAAGUCAUUCGUAUCUUAUGAACAGUUUUAUGUAACACGCACCAGCAGUGUUUUAUUUCUUCAGCAAACUCUCACAAGAAAGAGAUAAAGAAUUCUAAUUGAAAUCCUCCAUACUCAGAGCUUUCUACUCUAGAGGGUGAUAUUUCCACACACACUCAGCAAGAAGGCAAAUAUGAAACAAGGAAAAAAUACUUUAUUUCAGCUUUUGCAGUAGAUGUACACCUGAGCACAUCCAGAAAUGAACUUAUUUUUUUUUUUAGUUUUUAUUGAUUUAUUUAAUGGCAUCCUAAUAUCCUCAUGUCCUAAUCUACAAAGGUGGCAUUGUGUUUCCUUUUUUUUGGGGGGGGGUCUGAUUUGUUUGUACUUUCUUCUUUGAAAAUAUUUUUAAAAUUUUUGCAACGACUUGACUGAUAGUGUUACAAUUGGAAAUGGAGGUGUCUUUGCGGGGAUGGUGUGCUGAAAAUGUUGCCCUCUUUUGUUGAAAAAGAUCAAUUUUUUAUGAUUAAAUGAGUACUUGCUGGUCGUGAAUGAAUGAAGAUGAUGCAAUUGAUAAUGAUUAUUUUACAGAUAAUUGAUACUGCUUAAUUGAGAAUUGAAAUAUUGAAUUCUAAAGCUACUGCACAAUUGAGAAUUGAAAUAUUAUCGAAUUCUAAAGCUCCAAUUUACAUGUAACAUUUUUAAGUGUACCAGUUUUUAGUAAUGUAAGAAGGGGAAAAAAAAUUGAACUUCAUGCUCGGCUUAUAUACAAUAUUUUUUAAAUUAUUGGAGGGCUGUCAACCAAAUUUUCACAUCACCUACCCAUCAAUAAUGAUCUUGCCAUAUAAAUAUUCUACGAGUAAGGUUAUCAGUCCUUUACAAUAGAAUGGUAACUGCACAUCUCCUUGCAUAUAAACCCAAAGAUAACUGAUAAUAUCAGUUUUAACACACAUAUAAUGUAUUGUGUGUGAUAUAUAUGUAUGAAGAAGUUUAACAUGCGAAACCCAUAAAAUAGAUGGCAAUUUCUUCCAAAUUGAGGAAAGAUAAUUGAAAUAAUCUGUGGGAAGUGAAUAUAUAUGUCUGCCUGUCCUAUCAAAGAGAUUAUAGGAAUGUCAAUUAAUGUAACCUCCCUUUCAUUUUAUGUAGUGCUGCAGUUCAUUAAUCUUUUGUGAAAACUGAACAGUUUGGUUGUGAAAUUUGGUGAAAUAUUUUUUGGGGGGCCAACUGCCCUUCCAGGUUGUGGGUGUUAUCUAUCUAUGGAAAGGUAUUAGAAUCACAUCAUGUGAACCAACCUUAUUUGUAGAGUGCAGCUUGAUACCUAAUAUAUAUUUUGCAUUUAUAUUAAUUGGUGAACUUAUCGUUUUAGUUCAGUCAGCUAUUGUUCUGUUUAGUUCUGUUUUCAUAAAUUUAUAUCAAGACAUUAUCUGUAAAUUCCAGCAGGGAAGCAGAAUUAUAGCUGCUUAUGGUAUAUGGGAAAAUUCAAGGAUUAUUUAUUUGAAUAUAUAGAAGUCGUUAAUGCAUGUAUUGCAUAUGUCCUAUACUAGAUAAAGUGUUCAAUUCCUACCUUAUGAGGCAGCAUGGGCUA